GUAUUUCUUAACUUCAAGUUCUUUGUUUUAGGGGGAGAAAGGUUUAUGAACCUCCACGUUACAUGAGUGUAAAUGAAGCAGUGAGUCAACUUUUAGAUGUUGUGAGGAACAGAGAUUUGCAAGGAGAACCACCAGCUUACACUGAUGAUACAAUUGCUGUGGGCGUAGCACGAGUUGGCUCAGCCAAUCAGCAGAUAGUUUGCAGCAGCAUGAAGGAGCUCUUGUCACAUGACCUCGGGCCACCUUUACACUCUCUUAUUAUACCUGGACAUUUGCAUUUUAUUGAAAAAGACAUGCUUAGGAUAUUUGCUUCGAAUCCAGCUAUACUGGAUGAGAGCUGACAUCCAAAGGAGACUUAAAAUAGUAUCAACUGGAAUGCACAAGUGUACAUUUAAAGAAGCAAUGAAAUUUUUUGUGGAAUGUAACAAAAAGAAGUCCAUCUUAAUCGUCUACAUUGUUCCCAAUUGUAUCCUGUUUUCAUGCUACAUUUCAAACACAUUCCAAGGAGAUAAGACAUACCAUCCUACCUUUUAUUAACACCUUAUUGCUACAAAACUUUAUAUGAAUUAAUGUAUGGUAAUGCAUGUGACAAUGCAUUUGUGACAAUACAUGUCUGACAAUGCAUAUGUGACAAUGCUUGUGUGAUAAUGCGUGUGACAAUACAUGUGUGAUGAUGCAUGCGUGACAAUGCAAUGUCUAAGCUAUCCUCACAUAGAAAAUUUGAAAUCAGAAAUAUAUGAAAAAAACUUUUCAUUA